UUUUAGUCCUGUAAGAUUCAUUUCAACUUCUGAUCUCCUGAAUGCGCCUUGUACAGGAAAUCUAAUGCUGUGUCAAGUUCCAGAGAACAGUUUCUUCUCUUCCAAGUUACUAAUCAGACUAAAACACAUCCAGUAAGAGAGGGCUAGGAGGAAAGAAGUCCCCUGCCACUGCUGGACUAAGAGGAACCAGCACGGAGAAAUUGACAGGAGGGAACCUCGUCAUGCUCACAGCCGCUCCUAUACCUGUCAGGAGGAAAAGUACUGAGUGAAGGGCAGAAAACAAAACAGAAAUGCUCUGCCCUUGCAGAACUCACCACCUACGGCUACUCUUGAUGUUGACCGUCUUCUUCCUGGCGGAUUCAAGUAGUCCAUGCAUGGAUGAAAAGCAGACAACAUUAUCUCCUACAGAAGUUAAUACUUCACAGCCUGUGCAGACAGGUGAAAAGGUUGUGCUCUGUUGUCCUUUUAUUCCACCAUCAAGAGUGUUGGUGAUUGUAACAUGGCAAAUAGUCCUCAGAGACAAGCCUUUGUGCAGCAUUUCCUACAAGAGAGAAACAAAUGAGACUUUGGAGAACAACUGUACUGAUGGGAGAAUCACCUGGGCCUCCAGACCUGACCAGAGUCCUCACCUUCAGAUCCAUCCAGUAGCCGUCUCUCAUGAAGGGAAUUACAGGUGUCAAAUGGCAACAAUUGAUGGGAAUUUCGAACAUAAUUAUCACCUCCAAGUGUUAGUGCCCCCUGAAGUGACUGUGUUUCCAGAGAAGAAUAGAACCGUGGUGUGCCAGGCAGUUGCAGGCAGGCCAGCUGCACAGAUAUUUUGGACCCCAGAGGGGGAUUGUGCCCCUGAGAAACAGGACUGGGUCAAUGGCACAGUGACCACCAGGAGUACGUGCCAUUAUCCAGAUGGCAACGUGUCCACCGUGACCUGCUUUGUCUCCCACCCAACUGGCAACAGGAGCCUAUCCACAGAUCUGCUUCCUGGUGCCAAAGGAUCAGAAAAACUCUAUUAUCUAUUCAUCAUCAUCCCUGUUAUUUUGAUCAUCGGUUUCAUUUGGUUUUUGAAAAUCAGUGGUUACAGCUUAUUUCAUCUUUACAGAAAAUGUAAAUUGAAAAAAACAGAAGCUACUACAGUUGUUGAGGAGGAUGAAAUGCAGCCCUAUGCCAGCUAUGCAGAGAAGAACAAUCCACUUUAUGAUACUGUAAACAAUCUCAGGUGAGAUGAAGUGAAGUCGAUGGCACCAGUCUCCAUACUUUAUAAAUGAUUGGACUGUAGCACCAAGAAAAACAGAUCAAGAUACAGUUCAACUACUGUUUUGAUUUUCUUACAGUUCUUGAACAGAAGACCUAUUCUGAAAUUAGUUUUUCAAAGGGUCUUAGAGGACAGAGUUUUUCUAAUGGAUUUGCAUUUCUAUCUUUCUGCAAUUGGAAUUUUAGACUCUUAGCUGCUAUUAGUUUUUUGAAGAACUGAUGUUAUUAUCACAAAGAAAGUGCAUGCUCAUGAUAACAUUUGAAUGGUGCAACACAAUGAAUAGUGAAAAUUUUCCUCAAGAAAGAACUUUAAAGAAGGAAGAAUCAUCAAUAGUUUAUUAUAUAUUCUUCUAGAAAUUUCUGUGUACAUAUGACAUGUGUAUAUGACUAUAGUGUAUGUAUCCAUUUAUAUAUCAUUUUACAUAUGUUUAUGUACUACAUAAGUACAUAGUAUAUAUAUACACACAUGCACACACACUUCUUGUCAAGAUACAAAUGGGAACAUGCCGUAAUGCUGUUAUGUACUUAUAAAAAGCUAAUAAUGCAAAUCUUAGAGAUCUUUUCAUAUCAGCAGAAGCAAAGCUACCUCAUUCUUUUAUGGUUACAUAAAAUUCCACUAUAUGAUGGUUUCAUUAGCCACUUCCCUAGUGGUGGACUUUCAGGUUGUUUUAAGUUUUGUUUGUAGUAUAAACUAUACAAUGUCAAAUGUUUUCUGGAUAUAUCUCUUUGCAUUUAUUUAAGCGUGUCUGUGAGAUAAUUUUCUUCAGUGGAAUUGGUGGAUCAAUUGGUGUUUAUUUUUAUGCCAAAUUGUAUGACCUUACCUUCCUUUCAACAGUGUUUGUGCCUUUCCCAAUACUCUCAUUGUGAUAACUGAGAAAUUCUCAUUUCUGCCUUUCCCAUUUUUCCUUUCCAUUAACCAGUGGUCUAAUAUGAUAUAAAAUUAUAAUAAGAAUUAUACUAUUUAA